AUGCUCGUUGAUCCCGCGAAAGGUGCUCGAAUGUGUGUUUCCGAAACUCUUUUCAACCUUGUAUUUGCUCCAAUAUCAAAUUUAAAGGAUGUGAAAAUGUCUGGAAAUUGGAUGUGGGCUGCGAAAUGCAACGGAGAAGGCGCCCGUCUAGUGUCAGCUGUGUUUUCGUUGUGCGAUGCGUUAAAACAAGUUGGUUGCGCUAUCGACGGCGGCAAAGAUUCGUUGGGUAUGGCGGUGACGGCAGGCAGCGAAACAGUCAAGGCGCCUGGAACUCUUGUCUUGUCUUCGUAUGCCCCGUGCAUUGACAUAACAAAAGUGGUGACGCCGAACUUGAAAUGCGACAAUCAUCAAAGAAGCUCAAUAAUCGUCAUAAAGCUGUCGGACAAAUGUCGAUUGGGCGGAAGUGCGCUUGCUCAAGUCUUUUCGCAGAUCGGAGACGACUGCCCGGAUAUCGAAGAUUUUGCCAUAUUUUCAACAACAUUUAAUAUUGUACAAGAUUUAAUUCGAAAUCAACAAAUAUUAUCUGGGCAUGAUAUAUCAGACGGUGGCGUGAUUGUGGCUCUGUUGGAGAUGGCGUUUGCUGGAAAUUGUUCAAUUGAAGCAAAUUUCAACCAAAACUCUACAGAUGCAAUUUCAUUUUUAUUUUCUGAAGAAGCUGGAUUGUUCAUCGAGGUUCGAGAAUCAAAUGCUCGACAAAUUUGCGAGAAAUUCAAUCGAAACCAUUCAAUCGCGACAAUUGUCGGUUUCGCGAAACCAGAAUAUGGUCCUGAAGCGAAUGUCAAAAUUUCUUUUAACAAUGAACUCGUUGUCAAUGAGAAACUGGUAGUUAUUCGCGAAGAAUGGGAAGAACUCGGAGAUCGAUUGGGAAUUUAUCAAACGGACAAGAAAUGCCUCGAAGAUGCCAAAAAGGUUCGAGAAUUAACGAAACAAAUCAAUUUCGUAUGCAAAUUUGAAUAUGAUUUCGACACAUCGUUUUUGAGUGAUUCGAAUUAUUUCAAAUUGGCCCCAAAAAUGGCAAUAAUACGAGAAGAGGGUUCGAAUGGCGAUCGCGAAAUGGCUGCUGCUUUCACAUUGGCCGGAUUCGAAACAUUUGAUGUCACAAUGACUGAUAUUCUCAAUGGAUUUUCUCUUCAUUCAUUUCGGGGAAUCGCGUUUGUUGGCGGGUUCUCAUAUGCGGAUGUCCUUGGAUCUGCCAAAGGAUGGGCUGCGAGUAUUUUAUUCAAUGAAAAAGUGUUUGAAGAAUUUGAAAAGUUUUAUAAAAGAAACGACACGUUUGGCCCGGUGAGAAUCGAAAAAUUCAAUAGCAUAAUGCUGAGAGGAAUGGAAGAGUCCGUAUUAGGAUUGUGGUCGUCGCACGGAGAAGGAAGAUUCACCUACCGUAAUCCGGAAGUGCUUACAAAGUUGCGUGAAAAUGGUCAAAUUUGUUUGCGAUAUACUGAUUCGAAUGGUCUGUCUUCGUCGUCGAAUUCGUCGCAUCUACCGUAUCCGCACAAUCCAAACGGGUCCAUUCACGAUGUUGCCGCAAUUUGCGAUCGAAACGGAAGGCAUUUGGCAAUGAUGCCGCAUUCUGAUAGAUCAUUCUUGGCAUGGCAAUGGCCGGAUAAGUAUCCAUUCCCAUUCGAUCCUCGAUCCGACAUCCCAUUGGCCGCAUGGAUUCGAAUGUUCCGCAACGCAUUCGAAUGAUUAGUGCUACUGUUUGGAACGGCAACAUGCCAGAAGCAGGGACCACCUGGUCCGAUGUCUUCACAUUUCGUCGAUUGGCUCAUAGCACAUGGAUAUGAACAAGACGCGUUCGAUCGUCCCGAUGUUGGGCCACACGGAAGUUUCGGAGGUCGUAUUCGACCAAACGACAGAAUCGAGAAGGAGCCGGUCAUAUUCAUCCACGGCGCCGGAGAUGCUGCCCUGUUCACACAACCUCCAUUGGCUACUGGAUGGAGCCGUUCGAUUCAGUAUUUCCUUGAGCAGAAUUACACCGAAGCUGAAUUGUAUGCGACGACGUGGGGAGAUACCUGGGGCACGGGUUCGAUGCUCGACACCUAUUCGACAAUGCACACUUGCGGCAAUUUGAUUUACUUGCGGCGAUUCUUGGAAGCUGUUAUCGGAUACACUGGCGCCAAAAAAAUCGACAUCAUUGCUCAUUCGGUGGGAGUACCGCUUAUGAGGAAAGUUGUCAAAGGAGGAACAUUGAUUGGAACCGAUGGAAAUUGUACGUUGGGGUCUCCAUUGGGCAACAAAGUCGAUACAUUCUUGGGAAUCGCCGGACCCAAUUAUGGAUUAUGUGUGUGCCAAUUGGCUCAAACUGUUCCUGCUUGGUGCAACGCUCUCGAUGGAUUAUAUCCAGGAUACACCUGUCAGGAUCAGCUAUUUUGUGGAUAUACGUCGGGCAGCUGCACACAGGACAACUAUUCGGCACUUUUGCAGAAAACGAAUGAAGACAAAACACGAGAAGGUGAUCAUGUGUACGCGAUGUGGAGUGAUGCCGACGAAGUUCUCCUGAAUCGCGGAAUGGUGUGGGGAAAGCCGACAGCUCGAAUUCCGGGAAUGAACGGAAGAUGGAUAUCGGAUAGGAAUGGGCAUGUCGCCAUGAAAGAUCUCACCGAACUCCGACAAUUUGAGGCUUGCGAAUGUAUUCCUCCUGAGGUCGCUGCUACUCAAUGCUUCCAAUAUGAUUCGAGUUUCGUUGCUGACACGCUAGAAGAGGCGAUGAAUUCGUUUCAAGACCUUACAUUGGACAAACCGGGACAAACGCAAAAUGAUCCAAAUUGUAUGACGGAAGAAUGUAAAAAAUGCAGAAGUGAUUUGAAACAGAGACUUCGAGAUGUCGGUCUUCUCACUCCAACAUUGCCUGAUUUAGUAGGGGCUCCACUCGUGACUGAUCAAAAUGUGACAUGUAAUAAAUAUCGAUUUUCCAUGGAGAAACAUGCAGGAACGCGAUAUCCACUCUCGUGCACGAAGAAGGGAGUGUCGACGGAUGAGACGGGAACAGUGUCGCUGUGCAGCUCCUGCUGGGUUUGGCGCAAAUUGCCAGAUAACUAUCGACCCCAGUAUGUCAACGAAUUGGUGUGCGACGAUACCGAUUCGACGUGUUUAAGCGGAUAUGCCUCUUGUACUGUCGGACACCGUACAUUUGAUGCAAUACGUACUGAAAAUGGCGUCAAAACAACUGUAACUCUCACGGCUGGCUCAUAUUGUGAAUGCCGCAUCCACUCUGGUUCAUCUCUUCAGCAAUUAGUCGCAGGCAAUGGAAUAAGUGGAUCUUUUACGCCAAUUUCUCCUAAUAGCUCAACGAAUAAUAAUGUAAUGGAGGUUCGUCAUGACGCUCUCCACGAUCCAUCAGCUCUUCGGGAGAUGAUUACGACCCGUUAUAUUCCAUCUGCCAACACAUAUUUUGAAUUGCCUCGUGCAAUUCAUUCAACCAUGGCCACAGAAACAGAGCCCGAACCAAUUGAGUCUGGAUCGGUUGACGACGUUGUUUUAGUGAAUGACGCGCCGAAUUACGGCACUGUACACGGCAUUGAUGAGACUCCGAAAUUGGUGAUCAAGAAAAAUCCAAUUCGCGAGCAACGCAUUCGAGAUGAAGCAGUCAAAGUUCUUCGAAAAAUUGAGGGUACCCCAUCGUGUGAAUUGAUGGCGGAAAGAUACGAUUAUUACACUCAAAGGUGGCAUAAUACAACAAGACAGUCCGAACUUGAUCUAUUGUAUUAUGUGUUGCAACACCCAAACGCACGUCCGUAUUAUUUUGCCAUUCAAUGUCGAAAUCUUCACAUUGAGGAUAUUUCGGAACUUAUUCUGAAGUCUCUGCUCGCCGAACCCCGUGAGAGAGGCCAAUGUCUCGUGCGUCUUGCUAUUAAAACGACGGUCGACCUCGAUUUUCAAACUUUGGUUCACCUGUUAGAUGCCAUGAUUACUGAACACGAUGGUUUCAUGCUGUCUGAUGGUGUUGUAGUGGCAACGUUGAUUCAGAACUCGGGAAAUUUCAGAAAACUGACCCACCGCAUGAAAACGAACGACUACAGGGCAUACGCAGCUUUGGAACCAUCUCUAGAUGAAAAGGGGGAAUUGAUGAGCUCACGUGCAACUCUGAUGUGUUCGAUUGAUGGAAAACGACAUGUCACCACCCAAAUUACAUAUUUUAACAACGGAUACACGAGAAAUAAUGGAAUUUUACGCAACAGAUACAUCGAAAUAGAACAAUGCGUAAAAUGCAUAAAUCGGAGGGUAAUAAUCGACGAAGGACUAAAUAUAUCUCAUGAAUUUGAAAUUGAGAAUGAAAUGGUUCCACUUCGAAUGGGUGUGCCAGUCGUUGAAAAUUUAAUCGAAUACCUUCAAACAGGUGAGCUCGAAACCGACGAAUACUGA